UGGUGUCGUGCUGGAAUAACGGAUCUGAUUGUGGAUUGUGAGUGGACAACAGUGAUGAUGCAGGCCGCGCUUGCGCUGGUGGGGCAGGUGUUUGGUGUGGCCGAGCCACUGCGGUUUGGCGUGGUUGGUGGCAGUGAGGGGGAGCGCAAGGAGCAUGAGGUGCGGCUCGCGCAACUACGAGAGGCAGUGGACACGGCCCUCUCUCAGAAGCCCGCUGCAAAGCGACUCCUCGUCCAGUUUGCCUCGCAUCACAUUCAGCAAUCUCUGGUCAAGUCACUGGACGUGUCACGGCUGGUCGUUCUGGGAUUGGACAGCAAUGACACCGACACUGCGGGGAUUGAUGCUGCGCUAUUUCAAGAACGCGAGCGCGCAUGUCAAUCAUUCACAGCCUGCGUCACACGGCAUAUCCAGUCGCUUCAAUCGGCCUUUGCCAACCACAGGGCUGUUGCGGAUGAAGCUAUGGAAACGGCAUUAUUGCGCGUUCAGGCUGGGUUGUCACUGCUGUUCCCGGUGUCCACGUACAAGGACCUUCAGGCAGUCCACGUUCACAUCCUCUGGGAAACUGAGAAGGAGGGUGGCAGCGGCAGUGAUGAUGAAGAUGAGGACGAUGAUGACGAGCGCGAAGGGGGUGAUGCGGUGUCCAAGGCGCUCCGUAGCGUUCCCACGCCCACGUUGAAUGCCUACCUCCAGGCCGUGCAUGCAUUGCUGGCGGCGUGUCGGUUGGAUGCGGUCAUCACGCUGCCCGUGCUCAAGGCCGUCGCCAUCACCGUCAUCAACAGGAAAGUGCAGCAGCGCUGCGCCGAGGAGUAUGAGGACGAGAUGCUGCCGGAUCUCCUUGCGUGGCACGAUGCCGUCAUUCAGCCGUUCUUCGCGGCCUUUGCGCCGCCAUCAGCAACAAACAACACAGCACACGUACAGCGGGAGAUGCGACUCGAGGUGUACAAAGCCCUGGGGACGCUCAGGGUGGCCGAGCUGUUUGAUAUCAUCAUUGAAUACCCGUCCUCCCUGCCUGCCAUUCGCGACAUUAAGAAAUGGUGCGUGGCGCUGUUGAAGCGACUGCUGCAUCCUGGACCGCAGACGUCCGACAUCAUCAACCAGUACAUCUCAACCGUCAAAACCCUCAGGACCCUGGAUCCCUCUGGCGUGCUGCUUGAGCUGGUGUGUUCGCCCGUGCGGGAGUACCUGAAGCGUAGGCCUGACACCGUCCGCUGCAUUGUGGAGCUCCUCAUUGCCGAGGACGCAGACGACUUUGACGGAGGGCGUGUUGGCGGCGACGGCGCAGCAGAGGACUGGCUCCCAGAUCCCAUUGACGCUUAUUUGGACCAGAACGAGUCAUUGCGGAAGGACAGCGUGCUGGAUUUGUUGACGUCGAUUUACGGCAGCAAAGAGCUGCUGGUUGAGGAAUACGCACACAUGUUGGCAGAGAACAUGCUCCAGUGCAAGGGAUUCGACAUUGAUGAGGAGAUUCGCACAACGGAGGUGCUUCGUGCUCGCUUUGGCGAAGAAUACCUGCGCAAGUGUGCAGUGAUGAUCAAGGACUUUGCCAACAGCCGUCGCCUCCACACCGCGUUUGAGCGGGCGCCACCAUACGAGUCAUCUCCUCCAUAUCAGUUUUCCUCACGGUCUGACUCACCGUUGCAUUGGCCGUUCACAGCAGAGAACGUGCGCGUGUUUGUGCUCUCACGUCUCUUCUGGCCAGGCCUGAAGACUGACAACCUGGAUCUCCCCAAGGAUCUGGAGACACAUCUGCAGUACUACAUGCAGAAGUUCAAGGGACAAACACAAAUGCAGACAUUGGAGUUCCGCCCCACGAUGGGAACUGUGGAUCUGACAGUGGAGCUUGAAACGCGAACGCUUGAGCUGCGUGUUCCGCCCGUCGCUGCUGCCGCUUUGCUCAAGUUCGAGGAGCAGAGUCGGUGGGACCUCGAUGAUCUUGCAGCCGCACUCAACGCGCCACCAGCGAUAGUCAUGGACGGAUUGCGUGCCCUGAUGGGUCACGGUGUGGUCGUUCAGGUUUCACGCGGCGUCUUUGAGGUUGACGAGAGCGGAUCCCUUCAGCAAGGUGCGAAAAUGUAG